GGCUCUGCGGCUGCUGAGGUCCUUCACAGAGACAACAGGAUGGUACUUUGUGCUGUGAGGGUGCUACUGAGGAGCUGUAGUGCCCCUGGAGCCAGAGCCAUUCAAAAGUCUCAGUGCAGUUUAACAAGAGGACUGGUCAGGCAGGGCCAGCAGAUCUGUGUCGGGACAGUUUGAGGAGAGGAAGAGCCAAAAGUGUCCCUCCUCUGUGUCCUGUAGCCCAGACUAUCUCAAAGACACAACAGUGGAUGGGUUUAUUCCAGCACACAUGGCUUCAACCCAGAUGAGAUCAAAGAGAAGCUGCUGGACUUUCCUGGGGGCUCCAUUGAUUUGUACAAACAAGAUUCUGGGAUAGCUUUCUUAACACUUAACAACCCUUCAAGGAUGAAUGCAUUCACAGGCAGUAUGAUGGUGGAUCUGGAGGAAAGAGUGGCAGAGCUAGAGAACUGGCCCGAUGGUAAAGGCCUUAUUGUCCAUGGAGCUGCAGGAACAUUUUGCUCUGGGUCAGAUUUAAAUGCUGUCAGAGCAAUAGCAAAUCCACAGGAUGGGAUGAAGAUGUGUAUGUUCAUGCAGAAUACACUUACAAGACUACAAAGGUUGCCACUAUUAUCAGUGGCUCUUGUGGAAGGAAAGGCUCUAGGAGGAGGAGCAGAGCUUGUGACAGCCUGUGAUUUUGUACUAAUGGUUCAAGGCAGUGUUGUCCAGUUUGUCCAUAAACACAUGGGUCUGGUCCCAGGAUGGGGCGGUGCUGCUCGACUUGUGCGUGUGGUUGGACCUCGAAAUGCCCUAAAGCUCCUUGGGGGCGCCAUCAAAGUCGAUGCUAAACUAGGAUUACAGAUUGGUCUAGCAGAUGAUGUACUUGAAGAUGUUCAAGACCAAAAGACAUUGCUACAGCAGACCGAAAAGUGGCUGAAUAACUGCACUAAAGGUCCUCCUGCUGUAAUUCAAGCUGUGAAAAAGGUAGUAAUAUCAGGGAGAGAGCUUCCUCUUUCUGAUGCUCUGAGGAUUGAGAAAGAAGUGUUUGGCACUGUGUGGGGCGGUCAAGCUAAUUUGCAGGCCUUAGCCAGCAAAUUGAAACAUAAAUGAGAGGGAUCAACUCAUUUUAAUGGUAUGGUAUGUAGGAUGUGCUCAUACUGGUUUAAAAAUGGUAUUGCAGUCACAACUGAACCUGGGUUGCCUGUGCCUUAACUUGCAUAUUGAGGAUACCAACACAAGUUUUGCUCAUUCUCAGUGUACUAUAGACUAUAGAUAAUACUAUAGAUAGACCAUACUGGAAAACUCAAAACUUUCUGAAUUAAUUCACUGGGGUCUAGCUACUGUUAGCUGCAUUGGCACCGAUUUAUGCUGCAGAGGCUGGGAUUUUGGGAGUGAAAGGUAAACAUUAACAAUUUGUGCAUCAUAUCCAAUGCUGGGACAUACGUUUUAGAAAUAUUAAAUAAAGUGAAUACUCUAUUAAACGUACCAUUUAUUGUUAUAACUUUAUUUAUUAUUUGUUACCAACUUUGCCUUUUAAUUAUUUGCUAGUUUUUUGUAGGUAAAUCGCAAAUUGAUUAAAUUUGAUAUACGAUAGAUGAAUAUUUUGGUGUCAUGUGUCACAUGAGAAGCUGUCUCUCCUCAGCUCUGAUUGUGGUAAUGAUUUGUGGCAAUAUUAAACACUUAAGACAGAAUGUAGCACUGGACAGAGAUGAGGUUUACUUAGCGCAGUGUUAUUUGGAGUUGGCACAGAAAUGCUGCUGCAGUUCCAUAUAUUUACUUUUAUUAAAUGUCAACAUAGUAACAUUUUAUGGUUAACCUAUUUCUAGGAUUAUCAAUUUAUAUCUUUUCUGUUAUUUGGCAUAGUAAACAUUAGCAUUGUUGCCCAGAGUUAUGAUGAUUUGUCAGACCUGUAACUGUAGGUCAUCAUGUUAUCGUGACAUGGUUGUAAGGAGGACAAUAACUUGAACAGCAGAUAAGCAGGAUUAAAGAUUGAUGAUGAUUUA